AUGCAGCUAAAAGGACGAACUUCUCGUAGUGAGGUGUUCUACAUUAGUAAAAGCUUCAAAAAGACUGUCAGUCUUCCUGCUGCACGCGCAUGGCGUGUAAAAGAUAGUGAUGUCGCCGCUAGGGGAUACGUCUUGUGUUUGACAAAACAGAAGGGUCUGCUUUUCGACAAAAUGACAAAUCUAAAACCGCGGCUCGUAACACUGACUCGCAAUGGACUUCUCAUCAUCUAUUGCAAGGAAGACAAAGGAUUCGUUGUGGAUGUGAAGGAUGCGAGAGCAAUGACCACAAAAACUGACCAUUUCCAUACAAAACGACAGACUUAUGUAGGCUAG